UACCGCAAAGCCAUGAGAGCAUUCAAGUCCCUGCAGCAGAAGAGGAAGGAAGGGGGAGAAGGAGGACUCAGCCCCCCAAUAGGUUGAGCUAUGAACGGCUUGGAGGACCAGCCAGCUCAACCUUGACCGGUUCGGCUCUCAUGCUAGGCGAUGAUGCGGAAGAUGAAAGCGAGGAGUGCGCUUUUGCCUUCUUCUCUCCGGUGGAGAUACCGGGGGAGCCUACAAAUCCCAAGGAGGCUUGGGAGGGCCCCAAUGGGAAGGAGUGGAAGAAGGCCUCAGAUGAAGAAAUGGGGAGCAUCAUCGAGAACGACACCUUCGACUUGGUGAACCUACCUCCGGGGCGUAAGGCGAUCUCUUCCAAGUGGCUCUUCAAGCGCAAGACCGACGCCGACGGCAACAUCGAGCGCUACAAGAGCAGACUUGUAGCCAAGGGGUAUCAGCAGCAAGAGAAGAAGGACUACAAUGAAGUGUAUGCCCCUGUGGUGAAGGAUGUGGAGAAGCGGUGGAUGCGAGUGCAUCAAAAGAAGUACUUGGAGGCCUUGGCUGCAAACUUUGGGAAGAGUGAAGGUCAUGUGGCUACUCCUCUUCCCUCAGGGUUCAAGUGUGUGAAAGGACCAGCGGAGGAAAGUGUUGGUGAAGAGGAGAGGCACCGUUUUCACUCCUUGGUGGGCAGCCUCAUGUAUGCGGCCGUUCAUACAAGGCCGGAUGCAGCCUUUGCUACCGGGCAGCUGGCUAGGGUUGUCCAAUGCCCUAAUGAAGAGCAGGUAGCAGCUGGAGAGAGGGUGGCCAAGUACCUUGGCCAAACAGCAACUGUUGGACUGCAAUACUCCGCGGCGGCACGAAGGCGUCAAAAGGGUGCGGAUGGAGUCGAACCCGGGAGGCUCUUUCUCACCGCCUUCUCUGAUGCAUCUUGGGCAUCAGAACCAGAGGACAUGACAAGUAACCAAGACCAAGAGCUCAAGAUUUCAAGCCCAAGGGACGCGGAUAAAUAUUAAAUAGUGAAAAUAGUAACGUUACUUCGUGUAGUGUUACAUUUCAC